CUGGUGUGUUGUUUGGUUUCUCUAUUUCGUGCCAUUUUGGCUUCUUAAUUAAGAAAGUAAAUUGAAGAAUAAGAUUAAAUAAAUAAUGUUAUCUGUUAUUGGAUUUCAGUGGUGUAUUUCUGGUUUCAUUUCUUUGAAAUAAAAUAAUACCAAUCUGUAUGUAGCGUAGUUAGCUUGAAUUCGUGAAACUUUCUUCUGACUUGAGAUUCCGAUUGUUACUUAUUUCCAUGAUAUACCAUGGAGAAUUUCGAGUAAAAUGAUACUUCGGAUCUUUUAAGAAAGCAGAGCACCAUGCGUAUAACAAAGAGGAAAGUUGCCCUGUUCCUGUUUGGUGCAUUCUGGGUAGCUAGUGCCAUCUACUUUUUGAAGCAAAGUGCAGAGGAAACUGGUUCAAAAUCAAGAGUUAGACCUACGUCAAACAAUGCUAUCAAAGUCGACCCCUCUCUAUCAAGUAACAGCAAAUCUAAGACAGAUGAGCUUGUUGUUCCUGUAUGCCUGACAGGUGAUUCCUCUAGGAUUGGUGGGAUGAUAAGUGCAAUAAACAGUGUGCAGGCCAAUACCAAACACCAUGUUAAGUUCUAUCUAGUCACGGAUGAAAAGAAUGUGGCACAUUUAAAGAAUUAUAUAGAAAAAACUUCUCUCAGGAAUAUAGAUUACACAAUCAAAGUGUUUAAUGAGGAUCUUGUAAAGAAUAAAGUUCUUGUCAGAGGUGGAAGACAAGAACUAGCUAGUCCUUUGAACUAUGCCAGGUUCUACAUUUCUGAAAUGUUCCCUGAACUCAGUGGAAGGCUGAUACACCUGGAUGAUGAUACCAUUGUACAAGGUGACAUUGCAGAGCUGUACAAGACUCAUAUAGAAGCAAAUCAUGUGAUGGCUGUCUCUGAUGACUGCAGUUCUGUCUCCAAAAGAUUCACUUUCAUUCAAAAUACUUAUGCAAACUACAUCAAUUUUAACAAUGCUCAAAUCAAGAAGUUACACAUGAGUCCAAUCGCCUGUGCCUUCAACACAGGGGUCUAUGUGGCUGACCUAACACGAUGGAAGAAACAAAAUAUAACUGCUAAAAUAGAGUACUGGAUGAAAUUAAAUACCGAGCAAGAGAUAUAUGGCAAUGAGAAAGGAGGUGGAGGGUCUCAACCUCCCAUGAUGAUUGCCCUCUACAAGAAGUACACACUCAUGGAUCCCAUGUGGCAUGUGAGGAAUCUGGGUUGGAGUCCAUCAGGAAAAAGAUACUCAAAGGAAUUUUUACAAAGUGCCAAACUUUUACACUGGAAUGGACGUUUCAAGCCAUGGGGAAGGAAAUCUCAGGCUGCAGAUAUAUGGGACAAAUAUUUUAUUAAAGAUCCCGAAGAGAGAUUUCGACCUCUAAGAAGGGACUUGAAGAGGGCUACAUUGUCAGGCUCUAUUAAUACCUAGAUACAGUCAUAAAGCUUAGAACUUAUUGUGUCAAAGAAGUGAAAUUAUUUAAUAUACUAUGCAAUUGAUUUUAUAUUAUUUAUGUGCACCAUUAUAGUUAUAAAGCGAAUUUACAGUAGUAGCAGAUUGUGCAAUAUGCAACUAUUUCAAUAUACAACUAUUUCAAUAUU